GCAGAGAUUACCACAACACACUCUCUCCACCAUGGAAUAUUUUUCCUCUUUCACUCAAUCAAUUAUAGAGCUGUUAGCUCUGCUACUUCUCUAUCAUUUAUGGAGAGCUAAGGCAAAGUACAGAAACAAGUGUAACAAGAAGAUGGCUGUCCCUCAACCAAAUGGGGCGUGGCCUCUCAUAGGCCAAUUCCCUCUACUCUCUGCCUCGGUUCCAGUUUGUAAAACACUUGGAGCCAUAGCUGAUAAAUGUGGCCCCAUCUACUCACUUAAGCUUGGUAAACACCAAACUUUGAUUGUGAGCAGUUGGGAAUUUGUGAAAGAAUGCUUCACUACAAAUGACAGAAUUUUGGCUACGCGGCCAAAUAUAUCGGUGGGGAGACAUAUUGGCUAUGACAACGCCAUUUUUGCAUUUGCCCCUUAUGGACCAUACUGGCGGGAGAUUCGCAAAAUAGCCACCACCGAUCUUCUUUCGAGUCACCGACUUGAAAUGCUAAAGCACGUAAGGCACUCGGAGAUUGAGACAUUGGUUAAAGGUUUGAAAUUACUUUGUGCAAAGAACUCAUUCAAUCCUGUUGAGGUGAAUAUAAGUAACUUGAUUGAGCACUUCACUUUCAAUGUAAACCUGAAGCUGAUAGCUGGAAAGCGAUUUUCACCUAGAGAGUAUGGUGAACAAGGUAGCGAGGCCUGGCGUAUUGAGAGAGCUAUAAAAGAAGCAAUAUAUCUGUCUGGGGUUUUUGUUGCGGGUGAUGUCAUUCCAUGGCUUGAAUGGAUGGAUUUUCAAGGGCAUGUGGGUUCAAUGAAGAGAACUUUUAAAGAAAUCGACCAUGUCCUCGGAAAUUGGCUUGAAGAACAUAUUCAGAGAAAAUUACAAGGCAAAAGUAAUGCUGAGCGUGACUUCAUGGACGUGUUGCUGUCAAAAAUCCCAGAAGACGCUGUAAUGUCUGGCCAUACGCGUGAUACUAUCAUCAAGGCAACAUCUUUCAUUCUAAUCUUUACAGGCGCAGAAAGCACUUCUGUGGCCAUGACGUGGGUACUCUCCCUGUUGUUGAACUAUCCAAAAGUUCUAAAGGCCGUACAAGAAGAGCUGGACAACCAAGUCGGAAGAGAAAAGUGGGUUCAGGAGUCGGAUGUCAAGAACCUGAAAUACCUCCAAGCAGUUGUGAAAGAAACUUUUCGCUUGUAUCCUCCAGGUCCUGUAACAGGACCCCGUGAGGCCCUGGAAGACUGUAACAUCGGUGGUUAUCAUAUCACAAAGGGCACGCGUUUGAUUGUUAACAUAUGGAAGCUGCACCGAGACCCACGUAUCUGGCAAGAUGCGAACGAGUUUCAGCCAGAAAGGUUUAUGACUACUGAAGCUGAAACUGAUGAUAAAGGUCAAAAAUUUGGGUAUAUUCCAUUUAGCUAUGGUAGAAGAUCGUGCCCUGGAAUGACUGCAGGGUUAACAUUGGUACAUUUAACGGUUGCUCGGCUACUCCAGGGAUUUGAUUUGGCAACAACUGAAGGCAAGCCAGUUGAUAUGCAGGAAGGUUUGGGCCUUGCGUUGCCCAAGUUGAAACCUCUUGAAGUUGCCAUCAAACCACGCCUUAAUUCGGAUCUUUAUCAGUGUGUUUGAGGCAACUAAUGGGAAGUUGAAACUUACCAUCUAUGUUGUUUAUAAAAUGCAUAAAGGUAAAUAAUAGUGUCUUCAUGUGAAGUGAAACUUAUCCUAGAGGUGGCCACAUAGUCUAAAGUUCUUGACUUUUCACAGUCAGUACUCUCUAUAUAAGGAUAUGGAAGGUGGGUUGUUACCUUAAAAAUAAAUGUUGUGGUUUCAAUAUAUGCUCAAUAAAAGCAUCUGUGAUGAUAUUAUUGAUAUCUUCUCCUCUUGAGAGAAUGAUUCUAGAUAAUGAAGGACUUUGCAUA